AGACUUCUUUAUCCUGAUUGGUCACUCAAAGUUACUCUACCAGACGAGUAAAAUUUUUGAACGCAGCCCUGAUGGCGUCGCAUGGUUCGGCAAUUUCGAAUGAUGAAUAAAAUGUCACAUAAUAUGGGAGAUCAAAAUUUCCAGAUGGUGCAUGAAAACAGUGUAUCUGAUAUAGGACCAAUGAUGCAACCUCAAAAUCGUUCAGCAUUUCUUAUAGUUUUAACAUUUGCAUGCGAAGCUCUAAUAGCAUGUGCAAGACAACUCGAUAUAAUGGAUAAAGAAUGUGGGGAUGGAAAUUAUGGAACCAUACUUGCACAAAGUGCCAAAACCAUAAAAUUAGCAAUUAAGGAGGGAAGAAUUUUAGCAAUAAGACCUUUUGUAACAUUUAUACAAAUAAGCCAUAUUGUUGAGAAAGAAAUGGCUGGCUCACAGGGUGGAAUAUACUCAUUAUUUUUUGAUACUGUCGCUAAAAGCUUUCUCAAGUUUCAAAGUGACGAGCAAAUAACUGCCAAUAUGUGGUUAACUGCUCUAACAUCUGCAAACAAAAUGAUUUCUGAGUUUGGUGGAACAUCACGUAGCAAUCGAACCAUGUUGGACGCUUUGAUAUCUGCAGAAAAUAAAUUAAGAGACGCAUUAAAUUCUGGAUCAAGUCCUGUUAAUGCAUUUGGGGAGGCUGUCAAAACUGCUGAAACUUUUGCAAUGCAAACUGUAAAUAUGUCGGGCUCUCGUACUGUUAAUUCUACAAAGACAUUGAAAUAUCCUGAUCCUGGUGCACAUGCCGUAGGCAUAUGGAUGAGAGCUGCUUAUGAAGGUGAUGGACAAGAUGAAUGCGAAGGCUGUCAAAGCAUCGGGAAUGUUAAAUAUUUAAGCAACGAACAUGAAACAAGAACAUCUUUUUUGUCCGCUCAAUAUUCAUUAAUGCAAGAUAUUGGUAACUUGCUAAAGCAUGCUUGUGUUAGGAGUCUUAGUUGCGAGGUACAUCCUGGUAAGGAAGGUGUUUGCUACUUUGGAGAUGAGUACAGGGGGCAUGUUUUAAGUCAUACUUUUACAUUGAAAGAUGCCCAGGCAAGAGGAUUUAGAAGAUGGUGCAGUUUUAUUGUUUUCAUGAGAGACAAGCAAUUCUUGUUAAAUAUGUGGCCAUUUUUGAUUGACAAUUUAAAAGAGGUAAUUAGAGAACUGCAAGAUUUUGCCGAGAGACGAUAUAAUGCGGAAGAAGCGGAAUGUCCGCAAAGGGCAAUGAGAUUGACGACAGCGAACAGCGGAAUGGGAUGCCAUAAUACUUCCUCCAAACAGUCUAGAACGCUUACUGAUAUAACAAAUGAAAAGCAUGUUUUUGUAAGAAUUCACAUGUGGUUAGUAUGGAUUCUCAGUGCUGGAGCGAGGCAUUUUAUAGAAAUUUUUCCAAUGAGUUUAUUGGAUGAUGAACUUAAUUAUAAUUUUGAACAUCAAAUUGAAACUGAAGAAGGUUUUACUUUAGUGAACGCAAAAUUACCAAUAAACUUUAAUUUUAAUUGGGAUAACACUGAGCUUUUGCCAGAAUUUUCUGAAAUCACGGAAAAAUCUACCUCUGUAAUUUUACGAAACCUGAAACGAGUACUAGGGAAAGAUCAAUUUAGACAGUUACUAUAUUCCUGUUUAACUGGUGUUCAAGUCUUAGUGAGAGGUCCUAAGGUUCAAAGGUUGGAAUCUUUGUAUGGACUUAGCAGUCUUGUUCCAAGAGCAUGUCGACGAGUAAAAACACAAACAUUGGAAUAUAUGGAUCCUGAUACAUGUAACUUUAUCGGUGUAGACACUUCAGUAGCAGUUCCUUUACCUUGUGCAACUGUAUGCAGACUAGACAUAAUACUUAAUGAGCAUAAGGUUGGGAAUGCAAAAUCCCAUAUAGUGAAAUGGACCGGUACUUUACCAAUAAAACUUCCGACCUUGCUCACAAAGAUUGAAAAAUCACUCAACAAUGAAAAACUUGGAAACUCUGUUCUUAAAGCACACUUUGCAACUCUUCAGGAAGAAUGGGCUAACAUUGCGAAAGUCGUUCACGCGAUGCGUGGACGAGGCCAUUGUGGCGAUCUCUCUGGACUUAUGCUCAGUUUGGGUGCUGGACCUCAGGACAAAAAAUUGCUGGACGCAUGGUCUAUGGGAUUACCAUCUAAUCCAGCAUAAUUUAUAAAGAUCGUUUUAUUAUACACGUUGUAAUAUAUUGGUGAAUGUAAUAUUUAUUACACUGAUUACGUAUAUAUGUCUAACUCCGAUUCCUCGAGUUUGUUCGAGAGAAAUGAUUACUGCGUGUUCAAGGUUGUGUUUUUUUUUUUUUUAUUUAUAAUUCAAUAAAAAAUAAAAAGUGAGAAUUGUGUUGAGAAAUGAAUUUAAUGAAUAUAAGUAUUGAUGACAAAAUAACUAUUUGUUUCGUUUCAUCAAAAUAA